AUGUCUUAUUGGAAUGAGAUUUUCUCGUCUUUCAAGGUCCUCUCUAAAUGGGAACAUAGUUUAAAUAACAAAAAAGUUUACAACCAAACUCGUUUAGUAUCUGUUAAAGGUGAAACUUUCCUUGAAGUCAAAACUCAAUUAGAUGGAAUCACUUUCCUUUGUGAUAUGAAAAAUUAUAAACAUAUUAGAAAACACGUAUGGAAUGUUCAUAAAAUUGAAGGCAAAUACUACGUCGGUGCUAGAAUUAACGGAAAAAAUGUUUAUUUCCAUCGUAUGAUCACUAAAUUUAAAAUGGUUGGCCACAUUAAUCGUGAAAGUAUGGAUAAUCGUAUUUGUAAUUUACAAGAAACAAAUCAUCGAUUGAAUAAUUUAAAUCGUAAAUUACAAAGAAACAAUACAAGCGGUAUAAACGGAAUAUCUCUGUUUGGAAAUAAAUGGCGUUUUCAAUGGCAUGAAUACGGUCUAAGAAAAUCCAAAGUUUCUAAAGAUCUAGAAGAAUUAAAAGAAUUUAAGAAACAUAAGGAUUUAGAACUCGGUAACAAAAAUGG